CAGGUCAGAAGAACAGAGGCUCAGCCUGUGGACUUUCAUAAAGCACGGAUUUUUUUACGUCCGUUUGAACUUAAAUUUCUACUAAGUGAAGAUAUUAAAUGAAGUCGAGUGGUUAUCCUCUGAUCAUAUGCAGUGUAGUCUUAUUUACCCGUAUUGUUGGCCCCGUUCCUCGGGCUGUAUUAUUUAGUCCUGACAGUUAAAGCGCUCAAGGACUUUCCCGAGCGAACCCUCCGUAAAAUUACUGCUUAGCCCAGCAUAACACCGUGACACAGCAAGCUCUUCGCGCAUUACCUGCGACUGAACCCAGGAGAGUACCUGCCACGAGAGGAAAGGGCUGCAAUUGUACUUAAAAAGGAAAGGUUGUUAUGAUGCGCCCGGGGUACUGUGGCAACAGCCGCCUCGGCUCGGACUGAUCAAUGGAAACAGAAAGCGAAAUAUCUUAUCCUGCAUUCUCAGUGUAGAAGGAAAACAACUCGAGCGGCUGAGAGAAAUUCCCACCUCCGGUCGGGCUUACUUUCAUUCGCUCUUUUAUGGAUAAUGCGCGUACAUGAAUGACUUUAGCACGAGGUGGGAGUGAAUAAAGCCUUUAAACGGACUGUCAGAAUUGCAGUCUCUGAAUAACAGACGCCCCGAAAAUCUCGUUUGCUUUGAAGAAAACUUUUCUUUGGACGUUUCUUGAGAGCCGCCUAUGCGUCUCUGUUUAUUCCCACGCGGCAGCGAUUGUAUAGCCAUUUUAUUCUUUUUGCUUACACCGCCUUGCGCCGCGCAGCUCCUCGUGUCAGUCUGACUGGAACUUUUAAACGGCAAGACUUAAGCAGACAAAGGGUUUGGUCGAUGAACUUGUUGCGGUGAGUCCCAUUUAAACCCCGACAGCCUGUUUGUACUGGAGUGUCUGGACUGUUUGUUUAUAGAUCAUGGAGGUUACGCUCGGGUUAGGGGAGGUUUGCGAGUCCCCAGACGCAGUUUUUCACGGACCUUACCAAAGCGUUUUUCAUAACGUUCGCGUCGUGCGAGCGAGCAACGCCGCCGUCGCGCAGAGUUUGGAAAUGUCGAGCUCGAAGAAGUGCGGCUGCCUGCACGAUACGGUGCUGAGGGAAAUGCGUUUAAGCAAGCUGUCUCCCAGCACGGGCUCAUGCUGCCCCGGGAAAGAGUGCGAGAGUGCGACUUCUCUGAUGGAGGCUGAGACAAGCCGUAUCCAUUUUCUCAACAAGAGUUCGACAGGAAGCAAAAGCGACUCGUAUGUGUCAUCUGGCGGCUCGGCCCGCAAGGACGCCACCGAAAGCGGCGGCAGUUGCACGGGGUCGCGUCAGGGCGCUGACACCGGACAGAAAAGCGGCGUCGCUGCUGAAGUUCACACGCGCGAGUUGGGCUCGAGCCGUGACGCAAGUGUGGCGAGUAGUCGCGCGUGCAGCAGCAGCAGCAGCACCAUCUCUGAGACAGCGCGAGAGCUGUGCAAAGCCGUGUCCGUGUCUUUGGGCUUAGCCAUGGAGUCCAGCGAACUGGGCGAGGUGGGACCGUACCACGCUUCGCCACCGCCCCUGACCGCUGAAAGUAGUGGUGAAGAAAUCUAUUUGUAUGGAAUGCCUUUGCUAGACUGUUCAGUGAGCGAACGGGAGGCAGGAGGUAAAGGCAGAAGGUACGCUCUCGCGGCGGGACGAGACAGAGUUGCAGAGCUGCAAGGGAGCGACAAAGUGCUCGGGAUGUUCAAAAGUGGCAACCUGGAGCAGCUAUCAGGUGAGGGGACGACCUUGCCGUGCAGCAACUCAUCUCUUACGCACUUAACAGCGGACGUACAGGAGGUGCACGAGUUCGGCAGCCUGUCCGGGGACAUUGCCAACCUGAGAUCAGAAGGUACAUCGGCGACGGCAGCACCGGAUAUGGACGCAUCACGAGCGGCUUCGUGCCAGUUUGAACAACUGUUGCCCGCGAACAUGGCCCAUUUCGUCCACCCGGAGUCAAUGCACACAGAACUCAAUAACGGGCCGAGUCGGAGCUUUGCAAAGCCCGCGUCUAUGUCCGCUGAGUUUGCGGGUCCCGCGGAGGACAGAUACUCCGAUUACGUGAAUCUGUACAACGUCAAAAUAAAAGCCGAGAUGAUGCCCCGUGAACUGAACGAGACCUGGGCGUACCAGCAUAGGUACCCUGAGAACGGCAACGGGCAAUAUGGGCCUCCCAAGCAGAGGGACCCAUACGCUACUGGCCACGAAGCACCUUUUAUCUGUAACCCCUACGAGUACGGGCGAAGCGGGGCUCUGGUUCCGCGGGAGCGACCUCCGCCCGAACAGUGGUACCCGGGCGGGAUGCUGACCCGUCCCCCUUACCCUAACGUGCCCUGCGUAAAAAACGAAAUGGGCGAAUGGCUGGACGUAACACCCUUCGCAGACGGCAGGUUUGAUGGAGGAAGGAGCGAUAUUUUCCCGAUGGAGUUUUUCCUUCCUCCACAAAGGACCUGCCUCAUCUGCUCUGAUGAAGCAUCUGGAUGUCACUACGGGGCUCUCACUUGCGGAAGCUGCAAAGUUUUCUUUAAAAGAGCUGCCGAGGGGAAGCAAAAGUAUCUCUGCGCUAGCAGGAACGACUGCACCAUAGAUAAACUGAGGAGGAAGAACUGCCCGUCCUGUCGUCUGAGGAAGUGCUUUGAGGCGGGGAUGACACUAGGAGCCCGUAAGCUGAGGAAGAUCGGACAGAUGAAGGGUCCAGAGGAGGCCGGACCCCUCCACGGCCCGGCAGAGAUGCUUCAGUGCCUGUCGCCCAAGCCGAAUCUGACGUUCCAUUCGCAGCUCAUUUUCCUCAACAUUCUGGAGGCCAUCGAGCCCGAGGUGGUGAACGCCGGCCACGAUCACGCUCAGCCUGACUCGGCAGCCGCUCUCCUCACCAGCCUGAACGAGCUGGGAGAGAGGCAACUGGUGAAAGUGGUGAAAUGGGCCAAAGGCCUUCCAGGUUUCCGUAACCUGCACGUGGAUGAUCAGAUGACGGUGAUACAGCAUACCUGGAUGGGAGUGAUGGUCUUCGCUCUGGGUUGGAGGUCCUAUAAGAAUGCCAACGCGCGGAUGCUGUACUUCGCGCCAGACCUGGUCUUCAACGAUCGUAGGAUGCAUAUCUCCAGUAUGUACGAGCACUGUGUUCAGAUGAAGCACCUCUCUCAGGAGUUUGUGCUGCUGCAGGUCACACAGGAAGAGUUCCUCUGUAUGAAGGCCCUCCUUCUUUUCAGCAUCAUUCCAGUAGAGGGGCUGAAGAGUCAGAAGUAUUUUGAUGAGUUGCGUCUGACAUACAUAAAUGAGCUUGAUCGUUUAAUCAACUAUGGCAGGAAGACCAACUGCGCCAUGCGCUUCCAGCAGCUGACGCGACUGAUGGACUCCCUUCAGCCUAUUGUUAGGAAGUUGCACCAGUUCACCUUCGACCUCUUUGUCCAGGCUCGGUCCCUGCCCACGAAGGUCAGCUUUCCCGAAAUGAUUGCAGAAAUCAUCUCGGUCCAGGUGCCAAAGAUCCUCGCUGGCCUGGCUAAACCAAUCCUGUUCCACAAGUGACACGACUACAUGAACCACCGAUCCAUACCGACCCCAUCCAGGCAAUAUGAGCCAGUCAGUUCAGCCUGAUCCAGUUCGAUCCAGCCUAAACCAGUCUGUGACGCUUUUAAUCUGGACUCGAUUCGAGCAAUGAGACUGAACGAUACUGAUUUUUGCUUUUCCAUUUUUUAGCAUUUCUCCCUCCCUUCCCCCCUUCCUUUCUAUCUCAGUUUCUCUCUCACCCUCCUUUUUGAAAAAUGGCCCUGAAAAGUAGCGGGACCAUUACAUCAUUACAGUUGUCUAUCUUCUCCUCAGAAAUCAUUUGAGCUCAUUUUCUCAAACUGACAGCAUGGUGUGAAGCAGGUUUUGUUCUUUCUUUCGACCAGCAGUUAUCCUUCAAGAGUUACAGCGUGUUGCCUAGUGGACAGGUUGGAAAAAAAUAUCACACUGCAGAUUCAUCUGAGCUCGUCUUAAAAAAAAAAGGACAUUACGCAGAUCCCUAUCAGGUACGGGAGCCUGCGACCAGCCUCGACUCUCUAUGCAUCAUGUCUGCCGGGAUAAAAAAGGUUGCAUUUAUUGUCUGUGACUCGAGAGAUCAGGAGCAGACGAAACAGCAUGCGUACAGAAAUACAUCCCGACGUCACGAAAACUGAGACGCAUGAUUUUUUUGUGCCUGUGACUUUUGCUCUUGUUAGUUAGAUCGACACACUACUAUGUUUCACUGUUUUACUAUUACAAACAGUAUAGUAUUUAGUACAGAAGGACAAUAAACCAUCUCCCUGUUUUUAUUACAUUA